CCUGGCGAGCGGGCGGUGUGUGGCUGGGUUUCCUCUACAAAGUCCGGAGUUGCCCUGCAGCCGGCACCUCCUCUGCUCCCUCUGCUCCCAGCGCCCGCAGGCGGUCCCGCAGCGGAGGCCGGAGCCGGGCGCCCUCCUCGCCCCGCGCACCCCGCGGUCCUGCGCUGCAGCGCGGUCCCACCUCCGCCGCUUGUCUGCGGGGCGGGCCGGGGAGACAGGACCGGCGCCCCGGCUCUGGGCUCUGGGCACGGCCCGCCGCACCCGGGUGCGGGAUGGAGCGCAAGGCGCUGCUGGCCGUCGCGCUGUGGCUCUGCGUGGAGACCCGGGCUGCCUUUGUGGGUUUGCCUGGUGUUUCAAGUGACCCACCUAGACUCAGCGUACAAAAAGACAUCCUUACAAUUAUGGCUAAUACAACUCUUCAGAUUACCUGCAGGGGACAGAGGGACUUGGACUGGCUCUGGCCCAACAAUCAGAGCAGCUCUGAGAAAAGAGUGGAGGUGACUGACUGCAGUGACGGCUUUUUCUGUAAGAUGCUCACAAUCCCCAAAGUGAUCGGAAAUGACACUGGAGACUACAAGUGCUUCUACCAGGACACUGGUGUGGCCUCGAGUGUUUAUGUCUACGUUCAAGAUUACAGGUCUCCAUUUAUUGCUUCUGUUAGCGACCAGCAUGGAGUUGUGUACAUCCUGGAGAACAAAAACAAAAGUGUGGUGAUUCCAUGUCUUGGGUCCGUUUCAGACCUCAAUGUGUCACUUUGUGCAAGAUAUCCAGAAAAGAGGUUUUUUCCUGAUGGUAACAGAAUUUCCUGGGACAGCAAGAAAGGCUUUACUAUUCCCAGCUACAUGAUCUUCUAUGCAGGCAUGGUCUUCUGUGAAGCAAAAAUUAAUGAUGAAACUUACCAGUCUAUUAUGUACAUAGUUGUGAUUGUAGGGUCAAAGAUUUAUGAUGUCGUUCUGAGCCCUGCUCACAAAGUCGAACUGUCUGUUGGAGAGAAGCUUGUUUUAAAUUGUACGGCAAGGACUGAACUAAAUGUGGGGAUUGACUUCAACUGGGAAUACCCUUCUUUGAAGCAUCAGCAUAAGAAACUUGUGAACCGGGGGGACCCAAACACCCAGUCUGGGAUUGACAUGAAGAAAUUCUUGAGCAUCUUGACUAUCGAUAGUGUAACCCGGAGUGACCAAGGGUGGUACACCUGCGAGGCUUCCAGUGGGCUGAUGACCAAGAGGAACAGCACAUUCGUCAGGGUCCAUGAAAAACCUUUUGUCGCUUUUGGUAGUGGCAUGGAGUCUCUGGUGGAAGUCUCGGUGGGAGACCGGGUCCGAAUCCCUGUGAAGUACCUUGGUUACCCGCCGCCAGAAAUAAAAUGGUUUAAAAAUGGAAGACCCAUUGAGUCCAAUCACACAAUUAAAGUGGGGCAUGUAUUGACGAUUAUGGAAGUGAGUGAAAAGGACACAGGAAAUUACACGGUUAUCCUUACCAAUCCCAUUUCAAAGGAGAAACAGAGCCACAUGGUGUCUCUGGUUGUGAAUGUCCCACCCCAGAUUGGUGAGAAAUCUUUGAUCUCCCCCAUGGAUUCUUACAAAUAUGGCACUACCCAAACGCUGACUUGCACCGUCUAUGCAGUUCCUCCCCCGAGUCACAUCCUCUGGUACUGGCAGCUGGAGAAGGACUGCACCUUCAACCCCAGUCAAGCUGCCUUAAUGACGAAUCCAUACACCUGUAAAGAGUGGAGAAACGUGGAGGAUUUCCAGGGAGGAAAUAAAAUUGAAGUAAACAAAAACCAGUUUGCCCAAAUUGAAGGAAAAAACAAGACUGUAAGUACCCUUGUCAUCCAGUCGGCAAAUGUGUCAGCUUUGUACAAAUGUGAAGCGGUCAACAAAGCUGGCAAAGGAGAGAGGGUCAUCUCCUUUCACGUGACCAAGGGUCCUGUAAUCACUCUGCAGCCUGAUACCCAGCCAACCGAGCAGGAGAGCGUGUCUCUGUGGUGCAGCACAGACAGAAGCACAUUUGAGAACCUCACCUGGUACAAACUUGGCCCACAGGCCCUACCCACACCUGUUUGCAAGCACUUGGACGCCCGUUGGAAAAUGAAUGCCACCAUGUUCUCUAAUAGCACAAAUGACAUUUUGAUCAUGGAGUUCCAGAACGCAUCCUUGCAGGACCAAGGAGACUACGUCUGCUUUGCUCAGGACAGGAAGACCAAGAAAAGGCAUUGUGUGGUCAGGCAGCUCACAAUCCUAGAGCGCAUGGUGCCCAUGAUGACAGCAACCCUGGAGAAUCAGACCACAAGUAUUGGUGAAACCAUCGAAGUUUCCUGCCCAGUGUCUGGGAAUCCCCCUCCACAGGUUUCCUGGUUUAAAGAUAAUGAGACGCUUGUGGAAGACUCAGGGAUCGUACUGAAAGAUGGGAACCGGAACCUAACUAUCCGAAGGGUGAGGAAGGAGGAUGAGGGCUUAUACACCUGCCAGGCAUGCAAUGUUCUUGGAUGUGCUAAGGUGGAGGCGUUUUUCAUCAUAGAAGGUGCUCAGGAAAAGACCAACUUGGAAGUCAUUAUUCUAGUGGGCACUGCAGUGAUUGCCAUGUUCUUCUGGCUACUUCUUGUCAUUGUUCUACGGACUGUUAAGAGGGCCAAUGGAGGGGAACUGAAGACAGGCUACUUGUCCAUCGUCAUGGAUCCAGACGAACUCCCCUUGGAUGAACACUGUGAACGCCUGCCUUAUGAUGCCAGCAAAUGGGAAUUCCCCAGAGACCGGCUGAAACUAGGUAAGCCUCUUGGACGUGGUGCCUUUGGCCAAGUGAUUGAAGCAGAUGCCUUUGGAAUUGACAAGACAGCGACGUGCAAGACAGUGGCCGUCAAAAUGUUGAAAGAAGGAGCAACACACAGUGAACACCGAGCCCUCAUGUCUGAACUCAAGAUCCUCAUUCAUAUUGGCCAUCAUCUCAAUGUGGUCAAUCUUCUAGGCGCCUGUACCAAGCCAGGAGGCCCACUCAUGGUGAUUGUGGAAUUCUGCAAGUUUGGGAACCUAUCAACUUACUUAAGGAGCAAGAGAAAUGAAUUUGUCCCCUACAAGACCAAAGGGACACGAUACCGUCCAGGGAAAGAAUACGUUGGGGAAAUAACCAUGGAUCCUAAACGCCGCUUGGACAGUAUCACCAGCAGCCAGAGCUCAGCCAGCUCUGGAUUUGUUGAGGAGAAGUCCCUCAGUGAUGUGGAGGAGGAGGAAGUUUCUGAAGAUCUGUACAAGAACUUCCUGACCUUGGAGCACCUCAUCUGUUACAGUUUCCAAGUGGCUAAGGGCAUGGAGUUUUUGGCAUCUCGGAAGUGUAUCCACAGGGACCUGGCGGCACGGAAUAUCCUCUUGUCGGAGAAGAAUGUGGUUAAAAUCUGUGACUUUGGCCUGGCCCGGGAUAUUUACAAAGACCCUGAUUAUGUCCGAAAAGGAGACGCACGCCUCCCUUUGAAAUGGAUGGCUCCGGAAACCAUUUUUGACAGAGUGUACACGAUUCAGAGUGACGUGUGGUCUUUUGGUGUCUUGCUCUGGGAGAUAUUUUCCUUAGGUGCUUCUCCAUAUCCUGGAGUGAAGAUUGAUGAGGAAUUUUGUAGGCGAUUGAAAGAAGGCACUAGAAUGAGGGCACCUGAUUAUACCACACCAGAAAUGUACCAGACCAUGCUUGACUGCUGGCACGGGGAGCCCAAUCAGAGACCCACGUUUUCAGAGCUGGUGGAACAUUUGGGAAAUCUGUUACAGGCUAAUGCUCAGCAGGAUGGCAAAGACUACAUUGUCCUUCCGAUAUCGGAGACUUUGAGCAUGGAAGAGGAUUCUGGACUCUCUCUGCCCACCUCACCUGUUUCCUGUAUGGAGGAAGAGGAAGCCUGCGACCCCAAAUUCCAUUAUGACAACACAGCAGGAAUCAGUCAGUAUCUGCAGAACAGUAAGCGAAAGAGCCGGCCUGUGAGUGUAAAAACAUUUGAAGACAUCCCAUUGCAAGAACCAGUAGUAAAAGUAAUCCCAGAUGACAACCAGACGGACAGUGGUAUGGUUCUUGCAUCAGAAGAGCUGAAAACCUUGGAAGACAGAAACAAAUUAGCUCCAUCUUUUAGUGGACUGAUGCCCAGCAAAAGCAAGGAAUCCGUGGCAUCUGAAGGCUCCAACCAGACCAGUGGCUACCAGUCUGGGUAUCACUCAGAUGACACGGACACCACCGUGUACUCCAGCGAGGAGGCAGAACUUUUAAAGCUGAUGGAGAUGGGACUGCAGGCUGGCAGUGCAGCCCAGGCUCUCCAGCACGACUCUGGGACCGCACUGAGUACUCCUCCUGUUUAAAAGGAGGUGCCCAACCACACCCCCCCCGCCCCCCCCCCACCCCCCCCCCGGAAAUCACAUGUGAGGUGCUGCUCAGAUUUUCAAGUGUUGUUCUUUCCACCACCAGGAAGUAGCCACAUUUGAUUUUCAUUUUUUUUUUUUUUUUCUAAACAAAAAAAGGACCUCAGACUGCAGGGAGCCAGCCCCUCGGCAUUUCCUGACAAGAUGCCUGUGACCCAAGAAUGUGUUGUGUCUUCUCCCAGUGUUGACCCUGUUCUCCUUUUCAUUCAUUUAAAAAGCACGUAUGAUGCUCCCUGUUGAGGGUCUCCCCACAGGUUAUAACAGGAGAAAUUCAAGAAAUGGCUUCGUCCUCCAAGAAGUAGCCAUACCUGGGGCGCUGACACCUCUGUAAAACAGGAGCUGAUCCAGGCAGUGGAAGUGCGUUUGGUUUUUGAAGAUUUUGGUGUUGAAUGUCCCUAACUGUUUUGAGGGACAGACCGUUUGGGUCGAGGCCAUCUGAGAAGCUUUGUUUAGGAUGUAGGUCCUGAGCCAAGACUUACCUGUGGGGUUUGGACUGAUAGAAAGGGAGAUGUCGGCUUGCUUGGAGAGCCUAUUGGAGCCUGCAAAUGCAUUGUGUUUGGCUCUGGGGGAGGUGAGCAGCGGGUCUGCAAGGGAAUGUAAAGGCUUCGGACGAACUUGCUGGUUUUAGAAGGUUGCGUGAUCGUCCCGGUUGGGCUAAAUGAGAGUUCCUUGUGCUGUUUCCGCCUCCUAAUGAGAGUUCCUUCCGGACUCUUACGUGUCUCUUGGCCGAGCCCCAGGAAGGAAAUGAUGCAGCUCUGGCUCCUUGUCUCCCAGGCUGAUCCUUUGUUCAGACACACCACAAAGAAAGGACACUCAGAAGAGGCCCCCUGUCGCGCUGAAGAAUCCUGACUGCACAAACCAGCUUCGGAUUUCUUGUGGAUGAAUACCCGCAUAUCUGUCCCGACGUGAGCCUGAAUGCAGCAGGUUCCGUGUCAAGCUGUGGUGUCAAGGCCUCAGAAAGGAGUUUACCGUUCUGUUCCUCUUGCCUCCUGUGCCAUCCCCCUCCCGUUCACCCCGACCAGUCAGUGUGUCAGUCAUUUGGCCUCUACACCCUAGUCAAUGCUGAUUUGUUUACUCUCUGAGUAAUUAUUAGUCAGACCUCAAAAUUAUUGUAUAGCCAAAGUUAUAACAACACCUAUUGUAUUGUUUAGACUUUUAACAUGUAAAGCUAUCUCUACUGGUUUCUUCUUUUGUUGUUUCCUUUAAAAAAAAACAAAAAAAAACCCAACAAAAUGUAUUUUUCGUUUGGUACCAUAGUGUGAGAUGCUGGGAACCAUGACUAAACCAUGCUAUGGCACAUAUAUUUAUAGUCUGUUUAUGUAGAAACAAAUGUAAUAUAUUAAAACGGUAUAUAUAGUGAACUUUGUACUAUUCACAUUUUGUAUCAGUGUAUGUAGCAUAACAAAGGUCAUAAUGCUUUCAGCAAUUGAUGUCAUUUUAUAUAUAUA